AGGAAGAAGUGGCUUCCGAAGGCGAGCGUGCUCAUGACUAGUGUCAUAUGACUCAGUAAAGAUGGCUGAAGAAGGGGGGAGUUGCAAAGUACCUGCGGCGGAACAGCGAGAGGACUUCGAAGUCAUCGAUGGCACCCAGAUCCCCAGCACGGGCGAGCUGAAAAGCGAUGGCAAAGAGAGAGGGGCCCAAGAGCCGGGGUGGUCGGCUCCCAUCUUCUCGCUGGCCAAGAAAGCAUCGGAAAACUUAGCAGUGAGCUAUGGGAAUGCCCUGAAGUCUGCAGCCUUGGUAGGACUCAUUCCCAAACCAGUCAGCAAUGAGAGCCCAGCGAAACAAACAGCCAAAUACACGAUGGAAGAGCGUUCAAAUCUCAUGAAUAUGAUGAAACUGAGCAUUAAAGUCUUAAUACAGUCAGCUCUGAGUUUGGGUCGGACUCUUGAUUCUGACUUCCCUCCCCUGCAACAGUUCUUUGUGGUGAUGGAACACUGUCUCAAGCAUGGACUCAAAGCUAAGAAGAGUUUUAUUGGGCAGAACAAAUCAUUCUUUGGACCUUUAGAACUGGUGGAGAAACUUUGUCCAGAAGCAUCAGAUUUAGCAACAAGUGUGAGAAAUCUGCCAGAGUUAAAGACCCCAAUAGGAAGGGGCAGAGCGUGGCUUUAUCUUGCUGUGAUGCAAAAGAAACUGGCAGACUACCUAAAAGUACUCUUGGACCACAAGAAUCUAUUGAGCGAAUUUUAUGAGCCUGAUGCCUUGAUGAUGGAAGAGGAAGGUGCUGUGAUCGUAGGUCUGCUGGUGGGGCUGAAUGUCAUUGAUGCAAAUCUCUGUUUAAAAGGAGAAGAUUUGGAUACCCAGGUUGCAGUGAUCGAUUUUUCCUUGUACCUUAAGGAUACUCAGAACAGUGACAAUGGCAAAGAAGAUGGAGGAAUUACGGCUGUGCUUGAUCAGAAACAUUAUGUGGAAGAACUUAACCGCCAUCUAAGCGGCACCGUUGGAGAUCUUCAGACCAAAGUAGAAUGCUUAGAGAAAACCAAUUCGAAGCUUCAGGAAGAGCUGGCAGCAGCAACAGAUCGGAUAAGGGCUCUUCAGGAAGAACAGAGGGAGCUGGAGCAGGAAAAUGAACUAAUCCGUGAACGAAGUGAAAAGCAUGUUGAGGUAACUAAACAAGACACAAAAGUUGAACUGGAAACGUAUAAGCAGUCACGGCAAGGCCUGGAUGAAAUGUACAGUGAUGUCUGGAAACAACUAAAAGAGGAGAAAAGAAUCCGAAUGGAGCUGGAAAAAGAGCUGGAGCUACAGAUUGGCAUGAAAACAGAAAUGGAAAUUGCCAUGAAACUCCUGGAGAAAGAUACUCAUGAAAAGCAAGAUACUUUGGUCGCCCUUCGCCAACAGCUGGAGGAAGUUAAAGCAAUCAAUUUGCAGAUGUUUAAUAAAUCUCAGAUCGCAGACAGCUCAUUGCAGCAGAAAAAAGAAACAAUAUCAUCCUUUGAAGGCAAAACAGAUCAAAUGAUGGCUUCAGUGAAGCAAAUGGAAGACAGACUCCAACAUGCAGAAAAGGCCAGGCAGGUUGCCGAAGAGAAAAAUGUCAAACUGAAACGAGAACUAGGUGGCAAAAUUGAGAUCCUGAAGCAACAGCUGAUGCAACUGGAUAACAAGUGUUCAACUUUUGAGAGAGAUCUAAAAUCUGAGAAAGAACAGAGACAGACUCUGCAACAAGAGCUGCAUCAAGAGAAGGACACUACGACUUUGCUGAAAACAGAACUGCAGCAAGUAGAAGGGUUGAAAAAAGAGUUGCGAAAACUGCAAGAAGAGAAGCAGCAGUUAGAAAAGAUCUGUGAAGAACAGGAACAGGCUCUUCAAGAAAUGGGGCUUCACCUUAGCCAAUCCAAGCUUAAGAUGGAAGAUAUUAAAGAAGUAAAUAAAGCAUUAAAGGGCCACACCUGGCUAAAAGAUGAUGAAGCAACACACUGUAAGCAAUGUGAGAAAGAAUUCUCCAUUUCAAGAAGAAAGCACCACUGUCGAAAUUGCGGUCACAUCUUUUGCAACACUUGUUCCAGCAAUGAACUUGCACUCCCAUCCUAUCCAAAGCCUGUACGAGUUUGUGAUACUUGCCACACUUUACUGCUUCAAAGAUGUUCAUCAAAUUCUUCCUAAGACAUCAACUUGUUUCAGGAGAACCAUAGAAGACCAGAGAAUUAACCAAAUGAUUAGGCUUUUAGGCAGAUGUAAAUUCCACCAUUCUUUACCUAUCACACAAUUUACUUGUGGUACUGUUUGCCAUGUGGAAAAAGGUUUAAUUUAUAAAAAUGGGGUUUACAGAAAUUAAGGAAGUCAAAUAUUUUGCAUAUAUUAAGUGCCAGAAAAAUGUCCUAUCUUAAAAUGUGCUCAAUGUGCUGCAACUUUAAUGCAGCCAUAUUUUUGGUUUAAAUUACAAAAAUCUACUGUUUAUAAUUAGCUUUGUACCAGACAUUUGUACAUUUGAUCUGACAAAUUACUUUCUGAACCCUUUAAUUUCAUAGGCCUACCUGUGACAGUUCCACUUCAAUAUUCUUCUAGAUUUGUAUGUAGUUAAAGAUGAAAAUGUUAGCAUUUAAGUUGUCCCCAAGAAUUUUUUAAAGCAACAUAUAAAUGAAUGUGCCUUUAAUAUACUUCGAAAGUAAAUAGAGUAUGUUUCUAAAGCACCUAAAUAGUGGUUACGCAAUAAAGACUUAAAUGGAAUUAAACAAGUUUAUCUGUACCUUUGCAAUAAAUAUUCCUUGGGGGUGGGAUGAUUAUCCCUAAGCAAGUAUUUCACAUGACAAAAGUUUUGAUUGCUACAAGGGAAUACCAAAGCAAGGUUAGCACUUGCUUAAAGUAUGCUAAGUGAACUGCAGGUGAUCUGCUGUGGAAGGCAACAGCUUAAAAAUAAAAUUCUACAAUAUUA